UUUCGUACGCGUCAGAGUGUCGAGUUUCAAUGGUGGUUAAUGGGAGUGUACCGAGGCAUAGGAUUUUAGUGUCGGCGGAGAGCGCGGGUGAAAUCGAGGAAUAGUUCUGGAACGAUUCCGGGUGGUUCUGUUUGUUUUUUAUUUUGUUUGCCUUCCUCACUCGCAUCGUCUACCCCUUCCAUUCUGCUGCAAUGUUCCUGGAGGAGUUGUAUAGGGAUUAGUGGCGGUUAUUCGAAGAGUCAGCAGCCUAAUAUAUCUAUAGAUAUACACACAGGAAGAGGUAGAGUGAGAUAGCCGAAGAUAAAAAAAAGAAGAAAAACAACGAAUGCAAGAGAAGAGUGAACAUCAUAUACGUGCUGUUCACUCAUACACACAUUUGAACAGAAAAAAAUAAAUCCGUCAGCGGCCAUCUGUAAAUCGCCCACCAUUUGGAUCAAGUGACAAUUGGUGAAGAGUGAGGAGGGACAUUCCUGUGAAAUUUGAAUAUACCGUGCGUGCGUGCAAGAGAGUGUUCUUUUUCUUUCUUUCCCUCUUCCGACUUCUGUUUGUGUUUUCGUUCCUUUGGUUCCGUUCCUGUGUCUUCUCUUUGUCGCUAUGGAGGCCGUAGCCAAGCACGAAUUCAAUGCUACAGCUGAGGACGAGCUCAGCUUCAGGAAAGCCCAAGUGCUCAAGAUCCUAAACAUGGAAGAUGACAUGAACUGGUACAGGGCCGAACUGGACGGCAAGGAGGGGCUGAUACCCAGUAACUAUAUUGAAAUGAAAGACCACAACUGGUAUUAUGGCAGGAUAACAAGGGCAGAUGCUGAGAAGCUGCUGAAUACGAAGCAUGAGGGCGCCUUCCUUAUAAGGAUCAGUGAAUCGUCACCAGGCGAUUUUUCUUUAUCAGUAAAGUGUUCUGAUGGCGUGCAGCACUUCAAAGUCCUCCGAGACGCACAGGGUAAAUUCUUCCUUUGGGUGGUGAAAUUCAAUUCACUCAAUGAAUUGGUUGAGUACCACCGCACAGCAUCAGUCUCCCGCUCACAAGAAGUCAAACUUCGAGACAUGGUUGCAGAAGAGUGUUUAGUGCAAGCCUUAUACGAUUUCACGCCGCAGGAGCACGGGGAAUUGGAAUUUAAACGCGGCGAUGUAAUUACCGUGACGGACAGGUGUGAUCAGCACUGGUGGAACGGCGAAAUCGGCAAUCGCAAAGGUUUGUUCCCGGCUACCUAUGUAACACCGUAUCGCUCAUAAUGGAAGAUGAUCCACACAUCUGCCUUCUUCCUUCACACAUUGCAUAUUCUUUUUGACACAAAUCGAGGAAUGAAAUGCGAGCCAGCGCAAAUC